AUGCCUCCUAAAAGCUUAAUCAAUGAAUCUAUCGGCGCUUUACCCCGUCCUGCGCCAGAGUUGCCCACCCACGUGUUAGCUAUGUUCUCCUUGAAGGGUAAAACCGCUUCUAUCACCGGUUCCUCCCAAGGUAUUGGCUACGCCGUAGCCGAGGCCUACGCCCAAGCAGGCGCUAACAUUGCCAUCUGGUACAACUCCACUCCUGCAGACGAUAAGGCGCAAGCCUUGAGCGAGAAAUACGGAAUCGUCUGCAGAGCCUACAAAUGCGCGGUGGAUGACUCCAAACAGGUGGAGGCAACGAUCAAGCAGCAAGUGGCGGACUUCGGAAGGAUUGACAUUUUCGUGGCCAACGCAGGCGUGGCCUGGACGGCUGGUUCGAUGUUGGAUGUAGAAGGGGACGACGACUGGCACAAGGUGAUGAAUCUCGACGUGAACUCUGUGUACUACUGCGCCAAAGCCAUCGGGAAGGUGUUCCGUGAGCAGAGUAAAGGCUCUUUCAUCAUCACAGCCUCCAUGUCGGGGCAUAUUGUGAACGUUCCGCAACUACAGGCUCCGUACAACGCCGCCAAGGCUGCCUGCCUCCACUUGAGUAAAUCUCUUGCCGUUGAAUGGGCUGGCUUCGCGCGUGUGAACAGUGUGUCGCCAGGAUACAUCGAGACCGCUCUCGCUGAGUUUGCCGAAUCCAGUUUGAAGGAAAAGUGGUGGCAGUUAAUCCCGAUGGGGAGAAGUGCCUUGCCCGAGGAAUUAGUCGGUGCUUACUUAUACUUGGCAUCCGAUGCGUCUACGUAUACCACGGGCUCUGAUAUCAGAGUCGAUGGUGGCUACACGGUUGUGUAG